AGCACUCACAUUGUAAACAGCUCUAAUGGCAGGUUGUGGUUUAUGAAAGCAGAAAUGGGCCUUCCCGCUUCUAAGAGGUGGUUCCUUCGGACAGCUUUCGUUUUCUUCCAGAUCUGCUUUGGAGGAGGUUCUGAAUAUGGCGGAUCUUUGGAACCUCUUGCAGCAUCGUCAACAAGAUUUUUCUCGGCAGUUGACAAAUUAUUACAGCGUCAUAUACUUGGAAACCUGCCAAAAACCGAAACAAUCCAGAACAAAGAUGUAUUUAAAAAUGGAAUUAAAAUAAACUUGGGAAAUGUAGAAAGGUUUUGGAUACCAGAUGGAGAUAGAGUGGAAAAAAGGGGAGGUCGUGUGAGACGAUCAUAUAUAGCUAGAUAUCCAUCAGUAGAUAAAUAUGACCUAACUGCACCAGUCCCUAUUGAUUACAUACUUGUUGUGGAUCUGGGUAUACAAGUUAAAGAUUUGAAUGAAACUGCAUUACGAUGGCUUGAAAUUGCAUUUGCAACAAACCUAAGCCUGCCAUUAGAAAAUGUGGUCACUCAGAAAGUUGGAUACCAUGGAAACACAGUUGAGAUGUUUUUCGUCAGAUAUGGACGUCCAGUGACCACAUUUAGUAUUGAUGAUUUGAUUCCAGUCAAAGAAAUUGUCAGUCCAAAGUUGUUGCACACACUUCAACAUACCCUACCAUUCUUGAACAUUACCAACAUAAGACCACAAGUGUUUAUACCUACAAUCAAUUUGCAAGCAAUACUAGUAACCAAUGAAGAAAGUGAACCAUUGUCAUCUUGGUUUGUGAGUUACUUCCCUUACAUAGCUGCAGCUUGUUGUGUUUGCAUCAUACUGAUGACAACAGUGCUGGUAUACUGCUGCUGCUGUAAAAAGAAGAAAGAACCUGAAAAUGACAGAGGAUCACAAAAACUGCAACAGAUUUAUUUUCCUUCUGUCAAACCUGACAUGAAAGAUCCAAAAAUGAUACAACCAGGAGGCAGUCCCCUCUACACACCACCAGGGUCAAUUACUCCAGUACAGACCCCUACUGGUAGAAUCAAGGCUAAGGGACUCUUAGAAAGGAGAGGAUCCAAUGCUUCCUUAACCAUUGACUUGAAUGCUUCACCUGAAAGUGGUCGUUGGGAUGGAACUCCACCCAAAGAAAGUACAGGAGUAGAGUAUUUAAUGACUGCUGGUCAUCGACUUAGCCGACAAGAUUUGAAAAAUGCUGUCCGAAAUAACCGAGCUUUGCAUCAAGAGUUCUGGGAAAUAUUCACAAACCACCCAGAGAAGGUCCAUGUUGCUGGUUCUGGUAUGAAAAACAGAUACAGAAGUAUUAUACCAAAUGAACACAGUAGAGUUAUAUUACCAGACAGUGAAUGGGAUCCACUCUCAUCAUAUAUCAAUGCAAAUUAUAUUAGGGGAUAUGAAUGUGAACCGCACACCUACAUUGCAACACAAGGCCCAAUGUCACAUACCAUUGUAGAUUUCUGGAGGAUGAUUUGGUAUGAAAAGUCACCAAUCAUUGUCAUGAUUACUAAACUUAAAGAAAAUAAUAAUAUUAAAUGUGAGAACUAUCUACCAGAGGACAAUAGUUCUUGUACAUUUGGUGAUAUAGAAGUUAAGGUUGAGAAAGUGAAAGUAAAGCAAGGAUACACAGUUAGAUAUUUAACAUUAAAGUGUGAUGGAGAAAUUAUACAUGUCUUACAUUACUGGUACACAGCAUGGCCUGAUCACAAACCACCACAGUCAGCAAAAAUGCUUUUAGAACUAGUUAAAGAUGUAGAAAAUAAAAGAUUAAAAAUACAACCCAGUAAAGGACCAGUUGUGGUACAUUGUAGUGCUGGCAUAGGAAGAACAGGAUGUUUCAUAGCUAUAACCAUUGGAAUGAGACAACUAAAGGAAGAACACUCUGUAGAUAUACUGGGUAUUGUCUGUCACAUGAGAAUUGAUAGAGGUGGCACAAUUCAGACACAUGAACAAUACGAGUUUAUACACCAGGCCUUAUGUGAAUAUGAAAAAGAAUUAGCUGAACCAGAGCAGACGACGGUGAAUGGUUUCCCUGGUGAUUGACAACAUAUCAGCAGCCAGACAUCAUACACAUCACACAAUCUAAUCAUAUUUUAGUUCAUCAAGGUCAACAGUAUAGAAUGUUUAAAUGGCACAAUGUUAUGUUUUGAAAUUCUAUCUUUAAGUUUAUAUGAAAAUUUCAAAGCAGUUUGAAACUGUUUUUUUUUUUUUUUUAAUGAUAACUACAAUAUGUAACAUCACAAAGUAAGCCUUGCUUAAACAUCUAGCAGUUUUGAUUACAAUAAUGUUUCUACAUAUAUUAUUUUGCAUAUCAAUAGGUUGAAAUAAAAAGUCCUAUAGUGAUAAAAGACGGCUAGGAAGGCAGGUAAAUACGAAAGUGACUGAUAAAAAUUUAGUGCAAUUAUUUGUGACUUAUUACCUCAUUUUAUCACUCAUGAGUGAAUGGUAUUUAAAGUGAGAUUAUUUUGAUGCCCAGCCUACAAUAUUAGAGGGGCAUUUUGUUUUCUGGUCUCUGCAUCUGUCAAUGCAGUAUCAGGUUAAAAUGUUAGUUCAGGUUAGUUUCUGGUCACAUAGUUUGUGGUCACAUCAACUAGAAACUUUGAAAGUACACAGUUUACUAUGAAGUGAAUUGUUCAAUAUAUAUGCCAAAUUUUGACCCAAAUUUCGUGAUUCACUGAACAUGAUAGUGGGAGCGGGGCAUGGAGACAUAUGCGCACAUAUUCUUGUUUGCUAUGUUAUAAUUGCAAAAUUUAGAAUCAUUUUUAUUUAAUUGUUAAACUUUAUAGAAGGGAUAUAUAUUAAAAGGUGUCAGAUGCUUGAUGAUAUAAAGUGAAAAGUUUAAAGUUAAAAAAACAUCGUUGGUAAUAAUGAGGUUGGAAUGUUAGCAUGAAAGCUAAAUGUUCCAUUGAAUUGUAACUUAGCUUAGAAGUAUAUCAGGUAAUAUUGAUAUUUAUCUCAAAAAUUAUUUAUAAUUUUUAAUUUUUUCUUUGAAAAAUUAUCUCCGUUUACAGAGGUCAGUGUUGUACAUUAAAACUCUAUACUCAUGAAAAUUUUCAUGAAUUAAACAAUUUUAUUUUUUUUAUUUUUUGCAAGAUGUGCUUUCCGUUAUUUACAUGAUGUACCUAUGAUUGCAAGCUUCAUUAAUCAUGUGACCAGAAAUGUGAGGCAAAAAACAUCACAUGUCAAACAUGUGACUGUGUACAUGUUUGUUAAUGAUACCUGUGAUAUGUACAGUUUUUAUCCCUUUGUUUAUGUGAAGAGUGCGCUGUACAAUGUAUUUGUGCUUUUGUAUGCCUGUUUUUUUUAGAAAAUCAUAUAUCACCAUUAUGAAAAUGGUUCAAUAUAAAAUAGGAGACAAAUUUGUUACAAUCUGUUUUGUUUAUGUUGUCAUACUUCGUGAGAUAGUGUAACAAGAGAUAUAUCAGUUACACUUCUAAUAUGUUUAUAACAUUUCCUUAAGGUGGUACAAAACACCUUGACCAAAAUUAAUUUGGCUCGUUUAAUUUUCUUAAAAGUUUUGACAAAAUAUUUACUUUGACCCUUGACAAAAAUAUCAAAAUUUCAAACAACUUUAACCUCACACUUUAUCGGAAAAUUUUCAUUGGAUAUAUAGCAGUUUGACAAAUGCUAAUUUUGAUCAUUUAGAAGCUUAAUAUUUCCUUAACAAUAGAACGUGAUUAAAACAUUCAGCUGAUUUUCACAGAGUUAUCUUCCUGUAGUGUUGUGUAUCACCUUAAGGACCUAUUAUUUUGAAAAAAUAGUUGAAUAAAGGGAAAUAAAAUUUUAAACAUGAUGAUAUGUUAUCUCAUGGAAAUCUAUACAAAUAGUCCAUUUUCAUUUACGAGAAAAUGUGUUUGAAAGCUAUAAAAAAUUUAUUCCACACUUGAAUUUCUUUUUUCGUACAUGCCUUCAGAUUUAUAAGUGUUUGAUGGUAUAAUUCCAACAUUUAACAUUUUGUACAUAAUCAUAAACUAACUUCAUUCAACCAUUACUAUAGUGCUAAUAUUACAUGUAUUAUGUGUCUGUCCUUAUUAUAUAUCAGUAAUAUACUAACAGUUUACAAAUUUCAGAAUGUGCUGAUCCUUUUAAACAGAAGUACACUGGAAACUGUUAAAAUAUGUAAUUAAAGAGAAUGGAUGCUUCAUUCCCUCAGUUUAAAGUUCCACUGUACAAUUUAUAGAUUGAAUUGAAGUCCUUUAAGACAAAACAUUGUAUUUGUUGCUUUAAGUAAUUUCAUUUUUAUUCAGGAACUUUUCAUUCUGGUCUUGACCAUAGUCUUUAUGAAUGAAUUACUCAAAUGUUAACGCCAACUGUGACCAAUAUUGCCUGAUCUAACUUGUGUAAAUUUAGUUUAUUUAUACUAAAAUUUAAUUUUAUUUCAUUGAAUUAUUUUAAUUUCAGACUAGACUCAAUUUCUGCUAUAUCAUAUCAAUAUUUUCUCCUCAUCUGAUAUGUAGAUAUUGGUAGUUUCCUGUUGAGACCAUUUAAUUAUACUUUCAGAUGAAAAUUUCGUGUGAAACUUUAUUAAAACAGAAUUUUUGAAUAAAGCUCAGAUAGUGAUCAGUGAAAUGGUUUACCUUGUAAGUUGGUGCAUUUAACAAAAAGCCAAAGAAAUGCACAGUCAUAACGGUUGGACAAGAUUAAACGAUCUUGUUUUAAAUUAAUUUGGGAGAUUUGUGGUCUAUUUAUUUAUAUUUAUCAUAAUGUCCAUGACAUAUGCCCUAAAUCUCAUUUUAAUAUAUAUACUGAAUCUCCACGCUCAUAUGAAUUGAUCUGCAAAUCAUUCCAUGAUAAUCUCAUUAAUACUACAAGCUGGUCUUGUAGUUCAUUGUAUUUUUAGUUUGAUCUCUUAACGACCCACAUGAAGUCAUACCUCAAUAAUAAUGCAAUUUUUGCCGCUUUAACCAUGUCUAUAACAGCUUCAAGAUCAGUAAGCAAAAAAAGAAAAUGCAGAUAUUUUAAUUGAUUUAGGACAUAUAAAAUUGCGAAAAAGAUUUUUACUCAUGUUAACCCAAUAUAAUGAACAGGUGAAAAUAAUCAAAUUGGUAUUUUUGAAAUGUAUUAUAUUUUUAUACUUAUUGAUGUCAAUCAGUGAUUUUACUGUAGCAAAUUGAGUUUUUCAGCAAUGUGUUAAUGGAGCUGAAAAAAUUAUACUAGUGACAGUUAAAUCUAAUAUUGACCUCUGCAAGUGUAAAAAACAAUAUGGUUAUACCUAUUUGAAUGCAAAUGCUAAUUGGUAUCUAUUGAAGGAAUUUUUACAUAAAAGGAAACAAAAACUGUAUUUUACUCCCUUGAAAUAUAUGAUGUGCGUUGAAAAAAGCCAUUACAAAAAAAACAAUAAAAAGAACCCUUCAAGUAAGUAAAAUGUUAAAUUUCAAUAUUAAGAUGAGAUAUGAAUUGUGAGGAUUUCAAAGGCCAGAACUUUAAUUUGUAUCAGGGAUUUACAUCAUUAUCUAGUCUAAAUUAUUUUGUUUAUUCUAUAAUUUCAUCUGUAGAAUAGCUCAUCUGUCCAUUAAAUGUUUAUUUAGAUAUUAUACUGUAAACAGAUGAGAGUUAUUGUUAUUAUCUUUUUAAGUUAUUAAUAAAUGUACUAUUAAAAUUCCUGUGUCCUGAUUAUUACACACAAGUAUCUCAUAAAAUGUGCCUACUUUCAUUAUGAAAGCUUGACUUUCUUGACCUGUCAAACAGUGCUUUUGUAUGUAGUGUUUGAAAUAGAUAUGACAAUUUCUUGACUAAAAACUUUUGUAAACAAUUUGCAUAUUUAAAUGUUGCAUUUUAUCUUCCGUCAUUUUAAAUCCUGCUCCAAUAUUUAUAACAUUAGAAAUAUACUAUACACAAAGAAAUGUCAGAGGAUAUUUUGUUUUUGUCCUGUAUCUAUAAGAAAGAGAAAUGUAUAUGCAUUCGAAAUUUAAUUUCAGAUUAUUAUUUCAUUUGUAGUAUUUCUAUUUUGAUUUUUUCCUGAAUUGGAUAUGGUUUUGCAGAAGGUAUCUCUAAUGCUAAAUUCACAAGCAGACAUAACUUCUGUUGUACAUUGUAUUUGAGAUCAGAAAGAUAUUAUAUUCCUAUGGAAAUUAUUAAUUCUCACCCUGUUGUUUCGUAUUGCUGAUAUGGACAGAUAUUCUUGUCUUGCCCAACCGCCUGGGUAAAAACACAUAUCUGCAUCUUUUCAAACAAUAUUUGAAGGGUUUUGUAUUCAUUGUAACAUUAUUGCGAAAUGAAAAUAAAUCAACCUCCAGGAAGAAUGCAUGACUUUUUAAAAUCUGGAACCCUUUAUGGUCUACCUUAACAGACGUCAGUUGUUACCUUCUGAUAGGAAAGGUUAUAUUUUACCAAAUCUUGAGAGCAGUUGAUAUGUUAGCCUAUACCUCUAUUAUAAGUCCAUUACUGAAUCAAAUUAUAGCUACAUUUUGAUAUAAUUUAAUGCCUUUAUGUUUGUAAGCUUUAAAUAUGUAUAAUUAAUCAUCAAAGGAAUAAUACAGUGAAGUAAAAGCAAAAAUUUUUAUAAAUACUGUGUUCAUUUUCUAUGUCACAUCAACUUAUUUUUUAUUAAAUUAAGCUGUACAAAUAGAAAAGUGCUCUAUAAGCCUAGCAAGGCUGGCUGAUAAUAAAACUGAUUUUAACAAGCAUGUGACGUUGUCAUGAUAACAGGUUGCACUUAGAUAUAUACCAAUUUCAUCAUAAUAAUAAGUGAAUGUUGCGAUAUUAUAUUUUGAAAACAGAUAGUUUUGCUGAACAAAAUACAUGGUGAAAGGUGGAUAAAAGUCUCAUUAAUAUUAAUUUUUGCAAAAAGUUUGAAAUGUCAGAUUGACGUGUAGAAGAAAAAACAAUCAAUACUAUCUAAAUUCCUCUGAUAUAAAUGAUUUAUUAAAAUAAUUUUAGAAAAAGUAACUAUUAAGUAAUUAAAUGUUUGAACAGUAUUGAAACCAAAUGUAUUAAUGAAGGUAACUUUUAAAGUAGACAUUUCUUUAAAAAAAACCUCUGAGAGUUCACUGUAUAAUUCCUUUGUACAUCACUGUGAUACCGGAGUUGGUACUACAUCAUUUACACCUUACUGUUGUAUUGUAUUGUUGUUAUUUUGUGCAAUAAAAUAACCUCUCAUUUA